AUGGCGGACUUCGGAGAGAUCCUGAGGGCCAUUGGAGACUUUGGUUUAUUUCAGAAGACUAUACUUAUAGCCAUAUGGAUCCCCUGCUUUUUACUAUCAUUGACCUUCGCGAGCAUCCUCUUUGUGGAAUCAGACCCGGAGCGCCACUGUAACACGGAGUGGAUCCUGGGGGCCGGUCCCAACCUGACAGAAAAGGAGCAGCUGAACCUGACCGUUCCCCGGGAGCCAGACGGCUCCCUCAGCCGGUGUCUGAUGUACGCUCCGGUGAACUGGACCCUGGACUCCAUCCGCCAGUAUGGCCUGAACCACACCACCGCCUGCCGGGACGGAUGGGUGUACGACCAGACCCUGUACCAGGCCACCAUAGUCACCGAUUUUGAUCUAGUUUGUGACAAGGCGAACAUGGUGGCGGUGGCCCAAACGGUGUUGAUGGCGGGCAUUCUUACUGGUUCACUACUGUUCGGACCUUUAGGAGAAUCGUUUGGCCGCAGACGGACCACUCAGAUUCCAGUGAUGUUCCUUUUUAUAUUCAUGCUCACAACUGGCCUGUGUCCCAACUACUACUUAUAUCUGGCCUCCCAGUUCGGGGUGGGCGUGGGGUAUGGGGGCUUCCGGAUCAACUGCAUCGUGCUGACGACCGAGUGGAUAGGGAUAACCAAGCGCUCCCUGGGCUCGUGUGGGAGCCAGUUCUUCGGGGCUUUCGGGCAGGCGUUUCUGGCGGUGCUCAUCUUCUUUAUCCGGGAUUGGAGGCUGGCUCAGUUUGUCAUGGCGGCGCCGAUGGGCCUGGUUGCUGUCUACAUAUGGUUUAUACCGGAGUCGGCCCGCUGGCUGCUGGACAGGGGGAGGACAGAGGAGGCCAAAGAGUUGAUCCUCAAAGCUGCGGCCAUCAACAGACGCACCGUUCCAGAAUCCCUAUUCGAAAAGAUAGCAGUGAAUAAGACAGUGGAGAAAGGGGGCAUAAGGGUCCUUAUCACAUCACCUGUGCUUCGAAAACGCUUCCUGAUCUUAACAUUACCAUGGUUUGCAUUGAACCUCUCCUAUUUCUGCCUCACGUUUAACGUGGGGAAGUUUGGGCUGGACAUCUUCCUGACCCAGCUGCUGUUCGGACUCACAGAGAUACCAGCUCAUCUGCUGUGCUUCUGGCUGUUGGAGCUCGCAGGCAGGAAGUUAUCCCUGAUGUCCACCGUUCUGGUGGGAGGUCUGCUGUGCCUCUGCAUCCUGGCUGUUCCCGCAGGAAAUGCCGUCGGUGUGACCGUGUUGGCUAUCAUGGGGCGGAUCCUGAUGAACUGGGCUGGGAGCGUAUGCAACGUUUACAUUCAGGAGCUGUUUCCCACAUCCUCGAGACAAACUGCAACUGGACUAGGGGGCAUCGCGACUAGAGUGGCAGGGCUGUUGGCUCCCCCACUCAACCUGCUGGUGGUGUACCACUACUCCAUACCCAUCGUAGUGUUCAGCAGUCUCACCCUGGUGGGUGGAUCCCUCGCCUUCCUGCUCCCAGAGACCCAGGGGAGAGAGCUGGCAGACUCCACCGCACAGGCUGAGGUCCAGAGAAAUAUUGCCGUAAUGAAGACAAGAGCUGAUCCAAACAUGCCUGAACAAACAAGCUCAAGAUCCACAAAGCUCUAGUUGAAAUACAACACGCAAGAAUGUCAUCUCAAUCAUGUUUGAAGUCAUUAUUUUCAGACGCUAAUAUGCAAAGCAACACACAAUGAAUUGAGGAAGCCUGUAAUAAGCGGGUCAGGGUUAGGGCAUCUUGCUUACAGGAAGGCUGCGGAGAUUAGAGAUCGCAGCACCGCUCAGCCUAGGAUUGAACACCAGUCAUUGGUGUUCAAUGAACCUUCCUUAUAGGUGAUAUCAGGUAAAAUGGGCCAUCAGGUAAAAUGGGCCAUUUAAGGUUUGGGGGUCCCAGCCCCUCUGGAAUUUAGGGCCAAUGACUGCAAAGGAUUUCAAACUGUUGCCAUUACUGUGCUUGACAAGUAAUGGGUGAUUUGAUUGGUUUAUAGUUGCUAUGGUGGGCAGGGCAAUACUUCAAAUCUAGACUGCACCAGAAAGCUGCAUGGUAAGUAGCCUGGCAUACCAAAUCUAACUCAACUACUAUAAGGAUGAUACAGCUAUAAUAAAACGUACAUACACAUAAAAAAAACUAUGCAUAAUAUGUGUCUUGAUGGCAUCCAUCACAAACGAUGCUGUUA